UGGUGUGAAUGUGCUCAUCCUUCUCGGAUGCAGAGCCUGCGGGGCAGGGCCGGGGUUGGGGAAAGGCACCCAGAGUGGGACUGGUGCCCGAUCUGGGCCUCCAGGUUUAGCAGGACGCCCCAUCUCAGCUUAGAAGGGGUGCACCCCGAGGGUGGUCCGGCCGUGCUUCCCCACACAGGUGGGGUUGAGAGAAGCUUAAUUCCAGAAGUAACACAUGAAUAGGGAGAAGGGGGAGGAAUAAAGAAGCCUCUGAUUCCCUGGGUUUUUUCCAAGCUAAAGACAAAGGUGGGGCUGAGCCUCUGUGUCCGGUUUCCUGCUGGAAAAUCUGUCUGGUUUCCUGCCGGAUCAUAGAGGACCUAGGCCCAGAGUCCAGCCGAUAAUGCCCCCUCUCUUCACCUCCUCUCCAUCCCAUUGCCAAGGCCUAAGCAGGGCCAGCCUCUCUCUCCUGAACGGAUGGGAAGAGCCUCUUCCCGGAGCUCCCUGCUCUUCCUCUCUUCCCUUUCCCCAGCUGCUUACACAGCAGGCUGGUUCUGCCACUCCUCUGCUGAAACCUUUCAGUGGUUACCAGAGCCCUCAGGUAAGCUCCUGACCAUGUUCUCCAAGGCCCUAUAGAGUGAAUCCAACCAGGCCAGGGAUCAUGUCUGCUUGUUCGCCCGGGUCCCCAGAACCUGGCACAGUGAAAGCUUGCUGAAGGAUGAAUUGAUGCCUGGCCUGGCUUUUGCCAUCCUCUCUGGUGGCAGCUGCCUUCAUAGAGCCCCACGUCCUCUACACAUAUGUGUUCAACUCCCAGAGGACCUCUGGUGCACCCAGAUCUGUGAAGAUGCUGGACAUUCAGAGGAAAAUCAGGUGUCACGUGCUCUUCCCCGAAGAAGCUCAUGGAGGGAUCCCUUGUGCAGACAUGCUCCCCGAGGUGGGUUCGCUGUGGCUGCUUCGGCUGCUUCGGGACAUCCAGCUGGCCCAGUUUUACCGACCCAUCCUCGAGGAACUUAAUGUUACCCGGCCGGAGCACUUCGACUUUGUCAGGCCCGAGGACCUGGACGGCAUUGGCAUGGGCCGGCCUGCCCAGCGCAGACUGGCCGAAGCUCUGAAGAAGCACCGUUCGGGGCUCAAGUCAAAGAACUGGGUCUACAAGAUCCUUGGGGGUUUUGCACCUGAGCCGAAGGAGACCACCCCAGCUCCAAACAGCCCCCUGUCCCUCCCUGAGCCGGAGGGGGGACUCAAGUGUCUGAUCCCGGAUGGUGCUGUGUGCAGAGGGGAGCUGCUGGGCUCUGGCUGCUUUGGAGUGGUUCACCGAGGGCUGUGGACACUGCCUGGCGGCCAGAGUGUCCCAGUGGCUGUCAAAUCCCUCCGGGUGGGUCCUGAAGGCCCCGUGGGCACGGAGCUGGGGGACUUCCUUCGGGAGGUGUCCAUCAUGAUGAGCUUGGAGCACCCACACGUGCUGCGUCUGCACGGCCUCGUACUGGGCCAACCCCUGCAGAUGGUGAUGGAGCUGGCGCCCCUGGGCUCCCUGCACGCGCGCCUGACCGCCCGGGCCCCGACCCCCCCGCUGCCCGUGGCCCUGCUCUGCCUCUUCUUGCGGCAGCUGGCGGGGGCCAUGGCGUACCUGGGGGCCCGUGGGCUGGUGCACCGAGACCUCGCCACGCGCAACCUGCUGCUGGCCUCGCCGCGCGCCAUCAAGGUGGCCGACUUCGGGCUGGUGCGGCCGCUGGGCGGCGCCCGGGGCCGCUACGUCAUGGGCGGGCCCCGCCCCAUCCCCUACGCCUGGUGUGCGCCAGAGAGCCUGCGCCAGGGGGCCUUCUCUUCUGCGUCGGACGUGUGGAUGUUUGGGGUGACGCUGUGGGAGAUGUUCUCCGGGGGCGAGGAGCCGUGGGCCGGGGUCCCGCCGUACCUCAUCCUGCAGUGGCUGGAGCAGGACCAGGCCCGGCUGCCUCGGCCUCCCCUCUGCUCCAGGGCGCUCUACGCCCUGGCCUUGCGCUGCUGGGCCCCCCACCCCGCCGACCGGCCUAGCUUUUCCUACCUGGAGGAGCUACUUCAAGAGGCCUGGCCUCCGGAGGGACAUUGUGUGCGGGAUGUCACGGAGCCAGGCGCCCUAAGGAUGCAGACUGGUGACCCCAUCACCAUCAUCGAGGGCAGCCCUGACUCUGCAGCCUGGAAGGGCCAGAACGGCCGCACAUUCAAGGUGGGCAGCUUCCCAGCCUCGGCAGUGACGCUGGCAGAUGCGGGGGGCUCACCAGCCACCCAUCCAGUCCACAGGGUCUCCCCUGCCCAGGGGGAGCGACAUCAGGGAAGCGUAGAUGGGGACAGAGGGAAGGCAAAGCUUCGGGAUUUACCUCCAGCACGGGGCCAGAGAAGGAAUGUGCCCCUGCAGAGGAUGAAAGUCAUUUCCAAGAGUCUGGAGUCCGUUCUGUCCCCGGGCCCCCGCCCCACAGGGGGUGGUUCAAGCCCCCCCGAACUUCGUCAUGCCAGAGCCGUGCCCCAGGGACCCCCAGGCCUGCCAUCCCGCCCUCCCUUUGCCUCCAGCCCUUCUCAGCCCAGCCAGCCCCCCAGGGAGCGGCCUCCCUGGCCCAAAAGGGAACCCCCCCACAGCCGUCCCUCGGGGGCGCCUGGAGCUAGCAAAGUCACCGUCCCCGCUGGAGGCCUCUUGCCCGACCCCAAGUUGCAGAGGAGGAUCGUGGAGGUGGAGCUGAGCGUGCAUGGAGUCACCCACCAGGAGUGCCAGGCAGCACUGAGGGCCACUGGGGGAGACGUGGUUUCUGCCAUCCAGAACCUCAAGGUGGACCAGCUCUUCCAUCUGAGCAGCCAGUCCAGAGCGGACUGCCGACGCAUCCUGGAGCACUACCAGUGGGAUCUCUCUGCCGCCAGUCGCUAUGUCCUGGCCCGGCCCUGAGCACUGCCCCCUUGGGCGGGGAUACCAGCCUGGAUCGAGGGCCCGGCCCUGCGGGACCAAGCAGAACCAGAACCUGGACCUACCAGGGCAGAAUUUCCCACCCAGGGAGAUCGUGUGGUGGGCAGGUACAGGAGGAGCCCGGCGUCAGGCACUGACCAGCAUCUCCUCCGGUGCCCCUUGGCCUCUGAGGGCUCCAGCUCCCUUGGCUGGUUCAUAGAAGGAUCUAGUCCAGUCUGCCUACCAUAUUCCCAACCAAGAGAACUUGGAGGGACGGAGCGGCCCCACAUCACACGCACAGGAAGCUUCCACUUGCUACAGAGGACCUCAGGAGCAGCCAUCCCGAACGGCGGUCAGCUACCACACUGGCCUCUGGGGGGGCAGCCAUCUUGGAUGGUAGAAGCAACCAUACUGAUUUGGGGUACGUGGCCCAAACUGCCUUGGCCCUGUCCAGGGCCGUGAUGGAGGAUGUCG